CAGUAUUUCACAUUCACAAGUGCUGCAUGCAUCACCAACACUGGGUCACUUUCAAUGGCUGCCAUUGUUACUUUGUUGGUAGUUAGUUGGGAGAAGUACAAGAACCAACCAUAUAACUGGAAAGUUCACCACUUUUUACUUUCCAAAGCACCUCCCCCUUCUCCCUCUUUUUUUUUUUUUUUUCCGCCAGUCAACACGACUCCUAAGUUGAAAUUUGUAUGGGAAAAUUCAACCAAAAUUCGGGGACGCAAUGCAGCCAAGAGCCCGGCACCGAUCUCGAACCGCGGCCCCCAUUUCUUUUCUUCUUCCAGCCCUAAGGAAUGCAUCCAGCUCUGCCCUUCCCUUGCCGCUGCUGCUGCUCUCGGCCUUCACCCACCUGAUCCAGCUCGGCAGCUCCCACCAGGAGUCCGGAACCUGGACUUGCGACUCCGACUCUGAUACCCGAGUCGCCGCCGUCUUCAAUCCGGGACUCGUCACCGUCGAUGGCCACUCCGAUGAUUGGAAGGACGUUGACGGCUUCGAAUUCCCUCUCCGCCCCGCGCUCGACCCUGACGCCGAUAAGGAGUAUAAAGCUGGCAAAAUGACUGUUAAGGCGUUACAUGAUGGCCGUGACGUAUUCUUCUUCUUGGAAGUUGAUGGGGAUUAUGCGUAUUCAAAAGGGGAUAACACUAAGUGCGCUUCUGUUUCUCUCAUGUUUCAAGUAGGUGCUGAUGCCACCUAUCACAGUAUGGGCGGUUGCAAGGAGGGAACAGACAGUUGUACCAAUAAGACCUGCAAAGGCCAUGAAGUUGACAUCAUGCACUUCUCACUUGGAAAUGCUAUCCCUGGACGGCUCUAUGGUGGCAAUCCCAUAGACAAUGGGGAUGGGAAUGGAGGUGACAGAUUUGGUCAUCUAGUUGAUCUGUAUGCCUGGAAUCCGCACUGUAGAUAUCUGGAUGGUAUGGGUCCAUCGGGAAAUGACUCUAGUACCAUAUUCAAAUAUUCUUUAGAUCUGAUAGUGAAAUGUAGCAUAUAUUAAGAACCCACCUGAGGUUUCAUCCAGGAUGACAGCCCUUAUGGAUCAGAUGGCCAAAAAGGCAAAUACUAUUUCGAAUUCUCGAGGGCUUUAAGAACCAUGGAUCGACUCCAACAGGAUGCUCAGUUUACGAUCGGGGGAUCAAGCAAGAUGGCUGUAGCAUUCUGGUACCCAGUAGAUGGGCAGCCAUGGCACAAGGCAGGACAUUACUCCAUUAACUGCGAUUGGAUCCCUUUGGAGAUCUUAUCAAGCAGUUCUAAGCUAGCGACAUCGGCAACUGGAGGAGGAGACUCGGGAGGUGGGGUGGCCAGUGCGUUUGCUCUUCUGUUUUCAGUAAUCUCCAUAUGUCUCUCUGUGUUUGUGGCUUAUACUGUUGCCAGGCCCAGAAGCAUUCCUUUCACGCCAAUGGAGAACUUGUAAAAAUUCUUUAGCAGCGAGAUAUACAUACUGAACUUGAAACUCCCCAGAAUCAGAUUGUACUGUUACUUGAUUCGCUUUACAGAGAGUAGUACUUCUUGCUAAACUUGUACUUCCACAACAAUGUUUCGUUUUAUGUUUUGCAUAAACAACACUUGUAGUGUAGUCCAAAUAUUGGUGUGGAUUCCUUUCCUUCCACUUUUUAAAUAGUUUAGUCAUUACUUUAUGUACCAGCUUUUAUUU